UCUCGCGGUAACGUUAGUGUACUGUUAGCUUGCUAGCUAACCCCAUCGUUUCCAGGUUUCGUGUCGACCUGAAAAACAGCAAACGAGGAGAGACACGGAUAUACUACGCAACUAAAUACUAUUUAAAUCCAGGCUGCACAGGGGAGCGGCACAAUGCCUCACAACUUCCAGCCCGGAGACCUGGUCUUCGCUAAAAUGAAGGGGUACCCCCACUGGCCAGCCAGGAUCGAAGAUGUGGCCGAUGGGGCAGUGAAACCACCUCCUAACAAAAUCCCUAUUUUCUUUUUCGGGACGCAUGAAACAGCUUUCCUUGCUGCAAAGGAUCUUUUUGCCUAUGAAAAGUACAGAGAACGCUAUGGGAAGCCAAACAAACGGAAGGGAUUUAAUGAAGGUUUAUGGGAGAUCCAGAACAAUCCACAUGCCUCCUACAGUGCUCCACCUGUACCAGCUAGCUCUUCUGACAGCGAGGGCAACAAUACCGGAGGGGGGAGUGAUGAGGACGAGGACGAAGAAGAAGCCCAAGUGCCUAAGAAAGCAGAAUCAGGAAGUGAGGUGGAUUCAGAUUCUGGGAGUGAAGACCAAGAACAGGGAGGGGGAGGGGGAGUGAAGAGAAAGCAACCACCUGCUAAGCGACCUCCGCCUCCAAAAAAGGCUCGAGGCUCAUCAAGUGACCGAGACGAAGAGAGUGGAUCCCCCUCUGAAUCAGAUCCCACACCUUCAGAAUCUGAGUCUGGGAAAAACAGUGACCAGGAUUUCACUCCAGAGAAGAAAUCUGGUGGACGGGGUGGAAAGAAAGCAGGUGGCAGAGGGAAGAAGAAGAAGGCCUCGUCUGGAUCAGACUCAGAGUCGGGGUCAGGCUCAGAGAAGAAAGCACCAGACAGCGACUCAGAAGACGAGAAGCCACGACCGGCUCUGUCUGGCUCUGAAUCCCAGUCUGGCUCAAAGUCUGAGUCAGACUCAGAUCCACCUCCCAGGAAGGGCCCACAAGCACGCAAGAAAGAGAAGCCUGCACCAAAGCCUCGUGCACGCAAACCCAAACCAGCCCCGGCAAAACGGGCGCCUUCAUCCUCCUCCGACAGCGACAGCAGUGACAGUGAAACCGACCGCAUCAGUGAAUGGAAGAAACGAGACGAGGAGCGCAGGCGAGAGCUGGAGGAGCGACGGAAAAAAGAGGAGGCUGAGGAGCUCCGCAGGCUCCGUGAGAGAGAGAAGGAGGAGGAGGAGAAGAAGAAAAAAGACAAGGAUAAGAAAAAAGGGAGCGACAGUGACGACAGCAGCAGUUCAGAUGAAGGUGUAGAUGAUCAUCCUCUAAAGAAGUCAAAGAAGCCCCCUCCACCCCCGAUCCCUGCACCUUCAGACUCCGAUUCUCCACCACCUGCUGAGGCAAAGAAACCCCCCAAGAAACUUGAUCAGCAGAAGAAGGCAAGAAUAAAGAAAGAGAAGGAGAGAAAAGAAAGAAAAGAGAAAGAGCUAAAAGAGAAGAAAGCCAGACGGUCAGAGGAGAAGGCCAGAGCCAGAUCUAAGCCUGAAAAACCCAAACGCAAACCAGAGAGGCCGCCAGAGAAGAAAGUGGAGAAGAAAAAGGAACCAUCGCCAGAAGAGAAGCUUCAGAAACUUCACACAGAUAUAAAGUUUGCACUCAAAGUGGACAACCCAGACAUAGAGCGGUGUUUACAAGCCCUGGAAGAACUUGAGGCAGUGCCUGUCACCAGCCAAAUCCUCCAUAAGAACGCUGAAGUUAUUGCCACACUCAAGAAGAUUCGAAGGUAUAAAGCCAGCGCUGCAGUCAUGGAAAAAGCUAGCGAUGUCUACAACAAGUUAAAACUUCGCUUUGUGGGCAAGCCGGAGGUGGUAGUUAAACCUAAAACAGAGGAUAAAGAACCAGAAGACGAUGAAAAGCAGGCAGAAAACACAGACUCCACUCCAGUGAAUGGAGAAUCUGAACAGAAAAAAGAUGAUAUGGAUGUCGAGGAAAAGCCAAAAUCACCUGCCCAGGUGGAGAAUAAUGAUGAUGCUCCUUCAAGUCCUAACAGAAGGACUGAAUGAGGGGACAAGUCCAAAACACAUGGGCGUGGUCAACCUCAGUCUCUCCACAAUCCCUCCAGCAGGGAAGCUGGUUGCCUGUUUGCUUUGAUCUCUGUUUAGGAGUAAGGAAAAAACGUAUCAAGUUCUUCCAACAGAAGUCCCUCCAUGUCCAGGAGUUUGUUGAAGAUGACCGUGUCUCCCACGCUUUUAGCCACAUUUCCUCUGUUAUUGUAAUGUCCAGUUCUUUUUCCCAUCUUUGUUUAACAUAAUCCGUAUUAUCAUUUUUAAGUAAUAAGAUACCUUUGUACAAUUUACCUAUGAGGCCUUUGUUGCUACUGGAAUUAUAAGCAUCAAUAAACAGCUGAACAAGUAUUGGUGGUUCUCUUGUACCAGGGCCUUUCACCUUUUUACAAAAGUAAUCACGGAGCUGUAAAUAUCUAAAAAAGUCAGCCCCAACUAGUCCAAAUGACUGACAUAUGGUAUCAAAACUGUUAAAUUCCCCCUUUUUAACAAUCUUACACAGUGAAGAGAUACCUUUAUAAGCCCAUUCUCUAAAUCUAAGAUCUUGCGAUGCCGGUGUAAAGUCUGGAUCAUACGCUGGCCAUCGAAGUAGCUUAAUCUCAUUUUGGAGUUGAAAACUUUUGACUACCUCUGCCCAUACUUUUAAUGAAUGAUUUACCCAUUUACUUGUUGUUUGUGACAAAUCCUUUUCCCUCAUUACAUAUCCAAGCACUGAUUGAGUAGGUAUAUCCAUCAUGCUCAACUCCAUAUUCUUCCAUUUCGCUAUAUAGGUUGGAUUACACCAGUGUAAAAGGGGUCUUAAUUGUGCUGACAUGUAAUAAUCCCUUAAAGAUGGAAGAGCCAUGCCCCCCCUCUCUCCCGGCAGCUGAAGGGUGGUAAAUUUUAUUCUUGGUCUUUUCUUAUCCCAAAUGAAUCGUGAAAUAUGUUUAUUCCAUUCUCUGAACUGUUUUUGAGGUAUUUCCACUGGUAGUGAUAAGAAGAGGUAUAAUAAUCUGGGAAGAAUGUUCAUUUUCACUGAUCUAAUUCUGCUGCCGAAAUCAAGAGGGAGCAAGCUCCAGCCACUGAGGUCCCUGUAUAUUUCUUUGUUAAUGGGGUGAUAGUUGAUAUUAUACAACUGUGACAGGUCUUUGGGGAGGUUUACUCCAAGAUAUUUGAUAUGCGAGGAGUGCCAUUUAAAGUUAUAUUUCGCCAAAAGUCCUUGUGAUGGAGCAUAAUUAAAUAUCAUGACCUGAGUCUUAUGGACAUUAAGAACAUAACCUGAAUAUAGACCAUAUGUUUCAAGUCUUUUCAUAAGUAAAGGCAGACCUGUAUCUGGAUCCACAAGCGUGACCAGAACAUCGUCUGCGUACAGACUCACUUUAUAUUCUUCUCCUCCCAUCAUAAUUCCUUUUAAUUCUUUAUCCUGUCGAAUCAUUUGGGCCAAAGGUUCAAUAAACAAGUUGAAGAGGCUAGGGCUGGCAGGGCAGCCCUGCCUACAGCCCCUUUGCAAGGUUACAGAGUUAGAGAGACUACCAUUUAUCUUUAUUCUUGCAGUAGGAGAGGAGUAAAGUACCUGUAUGCAUCGGAUGAAAUUCAGGCUAAAACCAAAUCUUUUCAUAACAAGGAAGAGGAAUUCCCACCCGACGGAAUCAAAAGCCUUUUCAGCGUCCAAACUCAGAAUAAUAGAGCUAAUUUUUCCUUCAUGUAUUUUCUCAAUUACAUGUAAUGCUCUUCUUAUAUUGUCUUGA